AUGGCGGUCUCGGCGGUGCUAGCCCCUGCGGUUACUCAAACCUCGACUCUAGGUAUCUUCACUCUCUUUAACCUGAGCCACCCACGGCUUCAUAAGCAAGCAGACGACUCAACUCGUAUAAUUACUCUAGAGAAACCUCCCUCCCACGGCGACUCUAGCCUGUCCUCCUCCCCCCGCCAGUAUCCCACCGAACUGUCAGACCCCAUCCUCGAAGAGGGCGAUGAGUCGGAGAGCGAGAACCCGAACGAACCCGUCACCCCCGUGAGCGGCCGGCAGUCGCAAGACUUCCACAACAUCCAAAAUCACGAGAUUCCAAUUGCCGCCGAUAAUUCCGCCGCCGCCGCCGCCGCUGCUGCUGCUUUCAAUUCCAUACGUCACGACAACGCGACUACUCCCAAGCCUCCACUGAUUCUCAACACGGCUGCCACCCCGCCGCCUAGCACCCCGGACGCGGCCUCGAACCAGCAGUUCAGCCCACCGGCCACCGCAGGUGGUCAAGAACCCGCUCCCAGUCCCCUACAGCGACGCUCCACCCGUGGGUCGACCACAAGCUUUAAGCGCACAAUGUCCAGCAUAUUCAAGCGCAGCAACUCCGCGUCCAACAACCAGCAGCCAUUCGGAUUGACCGAUGCAGCCUCGGAGACAACCCUCGCAGAGAACGAUCAUCGCAAGCCACCUACCCGGCGAUGGUCUAUGAACCGAUCGUCGGCCACAACACGCUCCAACACACCACCCUCACCCGGAUCCCCUAUCCUCGAGAUGGCUCCUCCACACAAGCAGCCAGAACUGCCCAUGCCGAGCAGCGAUGACUUCAUCAAGAAGAAGAACAGAGCCUCGACCGGCCUCAGCCUGCGUUCUCGGGCCGUCAACUUCGUUAGCUCAAAGAAUGGACUCCAGAAAGAGCAGAAGGAGCGACCUGGAGACAGGCUUGCGAGGAGACGGGCUAGCAGUUUCGACUACAGCAAGACCAACAUGCACAUCCACUACGACCCAGAGAACCCGACCGCCCCACAUGGCCAUCAGCGACAGAUUCUCUACAUGGCUGCGGAUGCUGGGGUUGGAGUCAAGGCACGUCGUCUGAGUCUGAGCCUGCCUGAUGACUAUGCUGUUGACAUUGCCGAACUACAGCAUGAGUACGAAUAUCAGCACAAGUUCAUUCCUCGCCACCGAAAGCAUCUCGGCAAAGGAGCCACGUCAAAGGUGCAGUUGAUGAGCCGCAAGGGCAACCCAGAAGAGCUGUAUGCUGUCAAAGAGUUCCGUGGCAAGUCAUCAUCAGAGACACAGGACGAGUACGAUAAGAAGGUGAAGUCGGAAUACAGCAUCGCCAAGAGUCUUCACCACCCAAAUAUUGUCGAGACUAUUCGCCUCUGCACAGACCACGGACGAUGGAACCAUGUCAUGGAGUACUGUGGAGAGGGUGAUCUGUUCAGCCUUGUCCAGCAAGGAUAUCUCAAGAAGGAAGACCGACAAAUGGAUCGCCUUUGCCUGUUCAAGCAGCUCAUCCAGGGACUGAACUAUCUUCACAGCAAUGGCAUUGCCCAUCGAGACAUCAAGCUGGAGAAUCUUCUCAUCACGAAGGAGAGCAAACUCAAGAUCACCGACUUCGGCGUAUCUGAGGUGUUCAGUGGUAUCCACCCCGGCCUGCGGGAAGCAGGUGGCCAAUGCGGUGUCAAUAUGGGUGAGAUCCGCCUAUGCUCACCUGGUAUCUGUGGUAGCGAGCCCUACAUUGCUCCCGAGGUUCUCAGCAAGGAAGCGCCAUACGAUCCCCGAGCCCUCGAUGUCUGGAGCGCUGCUGUGGUCAUGAUCAACCUGAUCUUCGGCGCCCCCAUCUGGGAGCGAGCAGUGAUCGACGCCAAGACCAGCAAGCCAUACCUGGACUUGGUCAAGGGUUGGAACAAGUGGAACAACAAGCAUCCCGACCCUGAGGAGCAAGUCAUUACAGAGUCUGACUACCCGUAUUUCGAGGCAUUUGAUGUCUUUGUGUCACCACCCGCCCUUCGCCGUGUUCUUCUGCAGAUGCUCAACCCCGAUCCCAAGCGCCGAGUGGGCAUCAACGACGUUAUCAACAACAGAUGGGUCAAGAAUAUCGAAUGCUGCCAGUUAGAAAGCUACGAUGACCCGGCGUUGAGCAUUGAUGCUUCCAAGAAAUGCAGCAUCAAAUUAAAUGGCACAAAGAAGAUCUUCUGUCACAGUCACGUUCCCCUAAAGAGUCACGGGCACACAUUAGGCCGCAUGCCGGGCCAAGCAGGCUAUUGA